UUCAGCUUGGGUUGGAAAGGUUGAGAUUCACAUAGCUCUUUGUAGGAGAGGUACUGUAUAGCGACUGGGGCUCCUGGGGCUCCUGGGGAGAUGUCUCUCCAGCUCCAAAUCAGCACAUACACAGAGGAGUUCAGCUCACCUGGACAAGGGAAACCAACUCGACCAAGACCGUCCUCAGCCCACCGCAGAAAUAACCCCCACCCCAGACCGGACUUCCUGUUGCCCAGGAAACUGCAGACUAGCCACAGGACCUCCCGGUCAGUGUUCCAGGUUGCUACUGCUCCUGUAAACAACGGCCGUCCACUUUUCCCUCCUGUCCGGCACUUGUCUUUUCAGCAUAACUCCGAUGGCAAACGUGCACGCUCUCUCAGUGCUGUGGACACAGAGCCGUCACGCAUGCCACCACUCAGCCCAUCCAGAACAACACAGCACAUGCUGCCACUUGCAGGCUGGCUACACAAACCACACAUGACUGACCCCUCCAUCAGAGACAUGCAACUCCAACCACUCCUAAAAAACAUACAAAGCAACAUGGAUUCCUCCAAGUCAUUACAUCAGAGGCCAGCUUGCUACCUGACUGAUGUCCAGUGUUACCGGGGUGACCAUCCACACUCAUCACAGGGACUGAGGAGAAACUCAGGCAUUGAACAUCGGAAUGGACUUCAAAAUGGCAGCCUCCCAGGCGUUAGGCACCUCCUACCACAGGCCCACUACCGGAGGUCUCGCUCCAAUACUACACUGGAUUCAUGUGGUGGAUACAGCUGUUUCAACGUGGUGAAACCUUACCAGGCUGGAUACUACAUCAUUCAUCCAGAAUUUGUGUCUGAGUGCCUACGCUGAAAGUUUAACCACAUGUUCAAUAAACUGUAAUGGAUUUAUCCGAGAUCUUCUGCAGUGUUUUGAUCUUGACAGCUGAUUAAUUUUACGCAUUAUUCAUAACUCAUUUAUAAUGUAAAGUAACAAUGUAAAGUAAUAUUACCUGAAAUUCAAGUCAUUCAAAUGUAAAUAAAGAAAGC